AUGGACUACCAAAAUAGAGCGGGUUCCAAGAAAGGUGCAGGUGGAAUUGCUUCUGAUGCACAAGCGAACCUUCAAAGGAGGAAACAAGUGGAUGAGUUAUUGAGACAAGGUGAAGAGGUCCCCUACACUUUCCAAGAUGAACAAGAAAACCAAGCUAGGAAGAACCCAUAUAUUUACAAGAAUCAAUCUGGGAAAUUGGUAUGCAAACUUUGUAAUACUAUGCAUACGUCUUGGUCCAGUGUAGAGAGACAUAUUGGUGGUAAGAAGCAUGGUUUAAAUGUCUUAAGACGUGGUAAUAAACAAGAUCGAGAGCUAAAUGGCCCUCAAGAAGGAAAUAUCAAUAAUGCAUUUCAAGAAGAGGUUUAUCUAAAUAGGAAAAGACUGCGAAAUAAUGGCGUUGUUCCAUCCUGUAAAGUUGUUGAUGUUAAAGACCCUGAAACAGAUAAUGUAGGUAUUGCUAUUCAGGUUAAUUACGCCCAGGAAAGUAUGGAUAAAAAGGAGGAUGUGAUCACCGAAGAUGAUACAGAUAGGACAGAGUUGUUUUCGCCGUUCAUAAGGAUUGUAUCAGGUCUUGAACUGGCGUCAAAGGAAGCACAAGAUAAAAAGUUUCUAGUUAUUGCUUAUGAACCAUUUGCAAAUAUUGCAGUAGAGAUACCGAAUAAAGAAGUUGUAUUUGGAACAAAAGAGGGUACAGUUAAUAAUAAUAGCAAAAAUUCAGUUGAUGAAAUUAAUGGAAAGUGUACAUAUUGGGACAAAGAUUCAAAACUAUUUUAUGUUCAAGUAUUCUUCAAAUAG